UCGAGCUUGAGGCGCGUGAAUCCUAAGGCCAGAGGCGGGAAGCCCGAGGUGCCUAGACUCAAACUCGGACCCUCGUCCCACGUCGUCAGACUGUCCUUCUGUAUGGACCUGCCAAUCAUAAUUGAGCGCCUCAUCCUAGAAUUCGUCGAAACCAUCUCAAUUAGCUGAGUGCUCCUCAGCCCGGCCUACCUGGUCGGUCAUCGAGCCUGAGGCGUGGCCUCGAGUUUUGAUGGGAACAUCCCGGGAGACGAGGCAGGACAUUUGUGUGAAAUUGGGGUGCCAAGAUGCAGCAAAGGAUCCCCGAGAAGACCAUGCUCAAGGGCUUGACCACCCAUUUCGCGCUCAAUCGACUCAUCACCGGCAUGGAAGCCAUCUUGGACGAGGACCGCGUGUCCUGGUCCAUGAUCCUCGAGCGUGCUUUGUCGGCGCGCUCCUUGACCUCGCUCUUUCCCUGGAGUUUGGCCGGGUUGGCCGUGGUUCAGAGCUUGAUCUUGCUGUUGGCCAGUGGCUUGUCCGAGUCGCCGUCGCAACGCGGUUGGCUGGCCCUGCAAGGUCUGGUGGUGUUGCUGUUUGCCGUGUUCAACGUGUACUUGACUGUAUGGGAGCAUCGCCUCAAAGAAGAUGAGAUGCGGGCUCGCUGUUGUCACGUGCUCAAACGCUUGAAGCAAGUCAAGGAACACAUCCAUUGGAACCCCACCAACUAUCCUCACCUGCACACGCCCAUGGCCGCCAGUAUCGUGCUGCAAUGGACCAUUCGGGACAAGAAACAAGUCAACCUCCCGGUCAGCCUCUUGGUGGAAAGUGACCUGGUCUUUCUCAAACCCGGUCAAGCCGCCCCAGGUCGAUGCCAUAGCUUUGACGAUCCCAAAGUGAAAAUGGAACCGGGCGAUAUCCUCCAUGUUGAUACGCAUCACACCACCGAAAUCAGCCCCACGCCCGAAUUCAAGACUCCGGCCAAACCCCAGCUUUUCAUCAUGGACGAGACACCCUAUUUGGCCGUCUUAAAGAUGGUGCUUCAACGGAAGGAACGAGUCCAAAAGUCUGUGCUCAACAAACACACCUAUUUGCUUUUUGUGCAGAUCUUGAGCCACUUUUUGUUUCCGCUCGCCUUCCUCAUUACUUUUAUUUGGAGUGCCCUCCGUCACAACCAAGGCUGGAGUUUCUACGGCGCUCAUGACUACAUUCAAUUGUUCUUGGUGCAACCCGUGGCCGUUGUUUUACCGCUGGUCUCGUUUGCCUUUCCCGUGUGCUAUGUCAUUGUCAAUUACAUAGGGAUGGCCUGGAUCCUGGGUGUGUACAGCACCUCUCGCCAUAUUAGGGUCAACGAUGACCCAUUUGAUGAUUCCGUAGACAAACCCGAGCUCGAAACUACCAAUCGAGCUUCCUUUCCGAAAAUGAAACGGUUUUUUAUGAAGUCCAUGUUUGGCACUGGUGAAUAUCUAAGUCGCACCGAAAACAUCGUUCAUACUCUCGGCUCCAUCACGGCCUUAUGUUGUACGGACAAGAAAGGCAUUUUGUCGUGGCCUUUGGCUUCGCCGGAGAAGAUUUUCAUCUUGAAAAAAGAAAAGAAAUCGUCGACGAAAAAAUCGCUAGAUGAAUCGGAUUACAUUCUAACCCCCGAGAUUCUGACGGUGACUCACGAUCCCCAUAACCCAACAUCUGUUGAGUUUGACGAUCCCAGUUGGCGGAAAUAUCUCCCGUUUCUCAAACCUUUGGGCUUGUCCAUCUUGCUGAAUACGUGCAAUAUUCAAACCGAAGAGAAGUACACAAAUUUUUUUAAUCACUUGACGUGUGAAUCCAUGAAAAACGAGGAUUCGGCCCGAUCCACGCAUGUGCACAAGAACAAUGUGAUUGACAUGCUUCCGAUUGUUACUCGAGGGUGUUUGUGCGAAAUGUCUCGGAAAAUUGGUUUCGAUGGCAAAACCUCCAACCAAUACUCGCUCUCGAGCCAAAUUCAAACAUUCAGACAUGUUCAAACUGAUCGCCAUGAUCGCUUUGCCAAGAACUUGAUGAUGGCCAAGUUGAAGUUUCCCUUUCCGCACAUGGUGUCAGUAAUGACUCAGGAUCGUUCCACGGGCUCUCGGCAAUUGAUCUCUCAAGGAACGGGAGAUAUCGUGCUGGACUCAUGCACAGACUGUUGGUGUGGGGACGAUCUUGAGCCAUUGACCGAAAGUCUCCGGAAGACGAUUUUGGACUUCUACCAAAGAGCCAGCCUGUCUUCGUACGCCACGGCCUUUUCCUACCGACCACAGACGUUCCCCUUACCUUGGAAAAAUUGCGCCGAAUAUCUACAGCUUCCCACACAUAGCCUCCCAUUCUACUGGCAGUACAACGAAGAAACCGAAGGCAUCGAUACGGAUGCCAUUACUUCUCACAUCUCCAUUGGCGGCAAGCAGACCUCGUGCUUUGACAAGCCAAAAUCCGAAGAUAAUUACGUCAAAACGAAAGAAGACGCCAUGCAUUGCUUAGAGCUACAAUGUAAUCAAACUUUCUUGGCUAUGGUGCAAUUGCAAUAUCAAGUCAUGGUGGAAAUUGUUCAGUUGGUGGACUUGUUGGAGAAGGCUUGCAUUCGCUUUGUUCAUUUUAGUCGGGAAAACGAGCUCAGAUCGAGUGUAUUUUCCGAGAAAAUGGGCCUCGAGAGUGGCUGGAAUUGUCAUAUUUCGCUACGAAGUCCCAACCCAUCUAAACCCACUACUGUGUCCACCAAAGGCGAUAAGCUGUCUGAAGACGAUCAUUCGGGCCUCGAAAAGAACAACAAAAUUCGAGGCUCCCUCCCAGACAAGCUGAACCGCCCCAUUUGGUUCCUGGACUUCCCAAAGUGGCAAGAGACCAAGGGCGGGCUUCGAGCAGAGCGAAGGUUGAGUCGCGCCGAACUGAUCCGAUCCGCAAGAUCGAACUCUUGCGAAAAUCUAGAGGAUUCCGUUGAAAGCCAAGGCGACGCUAGUGUGACGACCGAUUCUGACCCGUUCGAGUACGACAUGUCCAAUCGAGCCCAAUUGCCGCGAGGAAUCGAGAACAUCCGACCUCAUUUGGAAACCAUGGACAAUGUACCAUUGUUAGUGUCGCUCUUUACGGACGCAACAGCAGAGACCACGAAAGAAAUGGUGCAAAUCAUGCAAGACUAUGGCGAGGUCAUCUGUGUCAUGGGCUCGUCGGCCAACUACAAGAACAUAGGGACUUUCAUCCAAUCUGACGCGUCGUUGGCUAUCGAGCCGAGAUAUCCUCAGCUCUGCCAAACGGUCCCCGUGUCCAUCCCGCCCAAAGUUGGCCCUUCGCCCGCAGCAAUCAGUCAGUUGCUCAAUUCGGUGGCGUCUUCCUUGUCUUUCAAAAUGGAAGACGAGAUCUCGAUCUACCAUUUGAUCAUGGAAUCCCGUCAUUACACCAUGGCUCUCAUUAAUGGGCUCAAAUUCUGGGCAUGCACUCUCGUAUCUCUAAGUCUGCUUCAGCUUUGCUCAUUGUUCUUAACUUUGCCGCUUUUUCUGACCAUCGGUCAAGUGAUGUGGAUGUCUUUGUUGAUCCUGCCUCUCCUCAGUUUAUCCUUACUGGGCACGAAGAAGGAUCCGAAUAUCAUGAAUAUCUCCACCGGGAAAAACAACAUCCUACUCAACUUUGACCUGCUCAAGUAUUCCCUUUGGUGCUAUGGAUCCCGGUUUCUCCCGACCAUUGUGAUCCUGAUCAUAUGUCACUUGCUUACCACCGUGUCAUUGAUCCAAACCUGUCCUUCCAACCAUGUGAAUCAUACCGACCCGAUCGUUCUGUCUAGUCCCUCCAUUUUGAUGCCCUUGGAUAAUCUCGAAGAUCUGGUAUACUGCUCCGAUGACGAAAUCGCCACUGACAUGGUUCUGCCUCAACUCUUCAAUUUCGCUUUCACCUUUCUUUAUAUGGUGGUGAUUUCGCUCUCGUUUGUAUCGCGAACCCAUCAAAUCUGGCAAAAGCACCCCGGUCAAAAUCCGGCCUGGUUGGUCAUAACGUCGCUCUUGGCCAUUUUCAUGGCUAUCUACGUGGCCUUGUACGUGGGUUCGAGCCCGGGUGAAUAUUAUGCACCGGUUCACGUGUGGAUCAUCCUCAUGGUGGGGUUGCUUGUGGUGUCACUGAUCAAUGAGAUUGUCAAACGGCAAGAAAUCAAAGUGGAAGUCCGAUACCAGAAACGAGAACGAUUGGAAUUUGGCACAAAACUAGGCAUUAAUUCACCAUUUUAACUACUAACCUGUUUAAUCUUGCAUGAUAGCAACUUUAGUGUGCCAUAUAAUAGCGAAGAGUAUUUAUACAUACUUAGAUAUUGGAAUACAUUCUCUCUUGUCUAUCGUAAUUCCUUCCCAAAUAUGCCACAACAUCGACUCUGAUUUAAGAUCCAAGGUUUAUUGUUACAUGUUCACUAGAGCCCACUUAUUUAGGUGGACUGGGUGUUUUUUUUCCAAGAGGAUGAGCCCAUUUUUACGGAAACAAUUUAGGCGUCUCGUUGUAUUUCUGGUUGUAGAAGGGGAUGUGUUCCAAGACAGCCUUGCCUCGCCAUUGAGAGGUGAAGAAUAAGACGGCCAAUCCAGCCGUGGCGCCAUAGGUCGCCAUACUGGGCAAG